UCGCAGCCGUUUGCUGCUUUAUGAUUGCUUGUACGCAAAUCUAAGAAGAAGACGUAAAGACGAAAGAGCACGAUUCAAAGCAAGUCAUUAAAUUUCAAGAGAUGGGAGACAGUGAUGAUGAGUACGACCGCAGGAGGAGAGACAAGUUCAGACGGGAAAGAAGUGAUUAUGAUCGUUCAAGAGAAAGAGAGGACCGACGCAGAGAUGACUGGAACGACAGGGAGUGGGAUAGGGGCAGGGAACGUCGUAGUCGCGGCGAAUACCGGGAUUAUGACCGAGGUCGCAGAGAGAGAUUUUCCCCAUCCAGACACGACAUGAGUCCCCAGCAGAAACGCAUGAGAAGAGACUGGGAUGACCAUGGUGGAGACCCCUACCGCGGGGGGUAUGACUUGGGAUUUGGUGGCGGAGGCGGGCCGAGCUAUGGCCCGCCGCAGCACUGGGGCCACCCUGAUCUGCACCUCAUGCAGCCUCACCAGGGGAUCCCCAUUCAGGCCAGGCUUGGUAACAUCCAUGACAUAGACUUGGGUCCWCCCCCUCCGAUAAUGAAGAGCUUUAAGGAGUUCCUUCUGUCUUUGGACGACUCUGUGGAUGAGACGGAAGCAGUGAAGCGCUACAAUGAGUACAAGAUUGACUUCCGCCGGCAGCAGAUGCAGGACUUCUUUUUGGCUCAUAAAGAUGAAGAGUGGUUCAGGUCCAAAUACCACCCAGACGAGGCCAGCCGGCUUAAGGCAGAGGCUCAGAGUGGCCUCCACAAUCGCCUGAAUGUCUUUAUGUUCCUGUUGGAGAACGGCUGGUUUGAUAACGUGUCCAUGGACAUCGAGAAGACCCCGGCCAUCAUCAAGGUUCUGGAUGCAGCUGUGAUAAAGAUGGAAGGAGGGACUGACCACGAUCUUCGCAUUUUGGACAUGCCACCUGAAGAGGAGGUGAACAGGGAGAAGACCGGGGCUGUUCCAGGAGGACCUGAGUCUCCAAAGAAGGAAGACCUUAAAGCAUUGCCUGGAGACCGCAAACCCUCAGUGGAAAAAGACAAAACAGAGAAGGAGGAAAGCGAUUCUGCCGGCGCAGACAAAGCAGCCACAGCAGAUGGGGAGGAUGUGAAAGAGGAGGCAGAAAAACAUGAUGUCAAAGAAGAAGUGCCUGAACCGAAAAAGGCAAGAAGAAAGAGGAAGCGCAGCGAGGACAGUGACGACGAAGCCUCGGCCUCAGAGAGCGAGUCCGACUCUGAUUCUGACUCCAACUCCAACUGCUCUGACAAACCCGACAGGAAGGAGGAAGCAGAGGACAAGGACGAGGAAGCAGAGGACAAGGACGAGGAAGCAGAGGACAAGGACGAGGAAGCAGAGGACAAGGACGAGGAAGCAGAGGASAAGGACGAGGAAGCAGAGGAGAAGGACGAGGAAGCAGAGGACAAGGACGAAGAAGAAGAGGAAGGUGAAGAAGAGAAACAAAAGUCUGAGGAGAACAGGAAGGAAGAGAAGAAGCCCAAAGAUGACUCUCCCAGACCGCGGCCGCUGCACAAAACCUGCUCUCUGUUCAUGAGGAGCAUUGCUCCGACUAUCUCCAAGGCUGAGAUUGUGGCUCUGUGUCGGCGUUACCCUGGUUUUCUGCGUGUUUGCUUGUCUGACCCUCAUCCUGAGCGCAGGUUUUUCAGACGCUGCUGGGUGACGUUUGACCGUAGUGUCAAUAUCAAGGAAAUCUGUUGGGAUUUACAGAACAUACGUCUGCGAGACUGUGAACUGGCACCAGGGGUGAACCGGGACUUGGUUCGCAGGGUGCGUAACGUGAACGGCAUCACUCAGCAUAAGCAGGUGCUCCGCAACGACAUCAAGCUGUCGGCCAAGCUCAUUCAUGCUCUGGAUGAGAAGGGGAGCCUGUGGAGCAGCAGAACUCAAGAGGAGGGCCAGGGCUCUGAGUUGCCAGCUCAGAAUCCCGUGCUGAAGAAUAUCACUGACUACCUGAUAGAGGAGGUGAGUGCUGAGGAAGAGGAGCUCCUGGGCUCUGGGGGUGGAUUGGAUCCUGAGGAGAGUUCUAAAGAAGGAAACCCUACAGAGAUGACUGUGGAAAGAGACGACAAACUAGCCAAGGUUUUAGACCGUUUGAUCUUGUAUCUGCGGCUUGUUCAUUCGGUCGAUUACUACAACACCUGCGAGUAUCCCAGCGAGGAUGAAAUGCCCAAUCGCUGCGGCAUGAUCCACGUCCGUGGACCCAUUCCUCCCAAUCGGAUUACACAAGGAGAGGUGCAACAGUGGCAGAAAAUGAUGGAGGAGAAGUUGUCUCCAUUGUUUAGUUUAAAAGAAGUCCUGUCUGAAGAGGAGGCGGUGAAGAUGGGUCGUAAGGAUCCCGAGGAGGAAGUGGAGAAGUUUGUGUCUGCCAACACUCAAGAGCUGGGAAAAGACAAAUGGCUCUGCCCUCUAAGCGGCAAGAAAUUUAAGGGUCCAGAGUUUGUACGGAAGCACAUCCUGAAUAAACAUGGGGACAAAAUUGAAGAGGUGAAAAAGGAGGUUGUGUUUUUCAACAAUUUCCUCAUGGAUGCUAAGAGACCRUCACUUCCAGAGAUCAAACUUCCACCUCCUCCUGGUCCAGGGCAAGGUUUGCUCUCUCCCACUUUGCCAUUCCCUCCUCAAGGUCCUCAAGUUCCAAUGAGUUUUGUUCAGCCACGCCCACCACUGAUGGGAUACGGCGGUGGGCCUCCUUACCCACCUAAUCAGUUUGGAGGAGGCAGAGGAAACUAUGACAACUUCCGGGGCCAAGGUGGCUACCUGGGAAAACCACGCAACAUCAGAAUGUCCCGAGGAGAUCCACGAAACAUCAUCGAAUAUCGAGACCUGGACGCACCAGACGAUAUGGACUUCUUUUAGAAGGUUCACUCAGUCCCUCCUACCUUUUACUCUUUAGCAGUGUUUUUUUUCUGCCUGUUUUUUUAGUACUUAACAUUAUUUCUUUUCAUAAGUAUUUCAUUUUGUAAUGGUUGUGCAACUAUAAGAUGCUUCUGUACUGCUGUCAACUGGUUCAACAAUAAAGUUGGUUUAAGUCAAUAAA